CGAACGCGCCGCGGCAGCCAUGUUGGACGUGGCCAGCUCAGUGGCCAGCACAGGGGCCGGCACCAGGUGGUUAUCGAACCAGUUGUCAAGAUGCUGGGGUCCCUGGUGUUAAAGAGAACAGCGCUGGCGCGGCGGCUCCUACACCAGCUGCUUAGGUCUCCAUCGCUCCAGAGAUACCGAAGUCCCUCCGGCCGGAAUGUGACCACCGAGGGCUGCGGGGAGCCUCAGUGGCUGAGAGCCGCCUUUGGGGGGCGUCCUGGAACAUCACUGGCCUUGAUCACCCGCAGAGGGGCAGCCACCGGGGGGCACCAGGGAAGACUUCUCGAGACCCAGUGCCUCGCAGCCGCCCCAGGGGGACACCUUCCUAGCUCCAAAGAAACACUCUCCGGACACGACUGCUGGAAUGAGCUCCCCAACAGAGUUGGAAUGGGCAUGUGGGCCCUGGCCACGGCUCUGGUGGUUCACUGUUACAGCAAGACCCCGUCCAGCAAGGAUGCAGCCCUGCUGGAAGCUGCCCGCACCAACAAUGUCCAAGAAGUCAGCAGGCUGUUGGCGGAUGGUGCAGAUGUCAAUGCAAGGCACAAGCUUGGCUGGACAGCACUUAUGGUGGCAGCCAUCAGCCGAAACUACAGUGUGGUGCAGGUCCUGCUUGCUGCUGGUGCUGACCCAAACCUUGGGGAUAAUUUCAGCAGUGUUUACAAGACCGCCAAGGAGCAGGGAAUCCAUUCUUUGGAAGUCCUGGUCACCCGAGAAGAUGACUUCAACAACCGGCUGAAUAACCGAGCCAGCUUCAAGGGCUGCACAGCCCUGCACUAUGCUGUCCUUGCUGACGACUACCAAACUGCCAAGGAGCUAAUUGAUGGAGGAGCCAAUCCCCUACUGAGGAAUGAGAUGGGACACAAAGCCUUGGAUUAUGCCCGAGAAGGGGAAGUGAUGAAGCUUCUAAGAACUUCGGAGGCCAAGUACCAGGAGAAACAGCGGAAGCGUGAAGCUGAGGAGCGGCGCCGAUUUCCACUGGAGCAGCGGCUGAAGGAGCACAUCAUUGGCCAGGAGAAUGCCAUCGCCACCGUGGGUGCAGCAAUCCGGAGGAAGGAGAAUGGCUGGUAUGAUGAAGAACAUCCUCUGGUCUUCCUCUUCUUAGGAUCAUCUGGAAUAGGCAAAACAGAGCUGGCGAAGCAGACAGCCAAAUAUAUGCACAAAGAUGCCAAAAAGGGCUUCAUUAGGCUGGACAUGUCUGAGUUCCAGGAGCGGCAUGAGGUGGCCAAGUUCAUUGGGUCCCCACCAGGCUACGUCGGCCACGAGGAGGGUGGUCAGCUGACCAAGAAGCUGAAACAGUGUCCCAAUGCCGUGGUGCUCUUUGAUGAGGUGGACAAGGCCCAUCCAGAUGUGCUUACCAUCAUGCUACAGCUGUUUGAUGAGGGCCGGCUGACAGAUGGAAAAGGGAAAACCAUUGACUGUAAGGAUGCCAUCUUCAUUAUGACCUCCAACGUGGCCAGCGACGAGAUUGCACAGCACGCACUGCAGCUGAGGCAGGAAGCUUUUGAGAUGAGCCAUAACCGUAUCGCCGAAAACCUUGAGGAUGUCCAGAUCAAUGACAAGAUCACCAUAUCAAAGAAUUUCAAGGAGAAAGUGAUUCGCCCUAUCCUGAAAGCUCACUUCCGGAGGGAUGAAUUUUUGGGACGAAUCAAUGAGAUCGUCUACUUUCUCCCCUUCUGCCACUCGGAGCUCAUCCAGCUGGUCAACAAGGAACUGAACUUCUGGGCCAAGAGAGCCAAGCAACGGCACAACAUCACACUGCUCUGGGACCGCGAGGUGGCGGACGUGCUGGUCGACGGCUACAAUGUGCACUAUGGUGCCCGCUCCAUCAAGCAUGAGGUAGAACGGCGUGUAGUGAACCAGCUGGCAGCCGCCUACGAACAAGACCUGCUGCCAGGGGGCUGUACUCUGCGUAUCACUGUGGAGGACUCAGACAAGCAACUGCUCAAGGGCCCUGACCUGCCCUCAUCCCAGACUGAGAAGCGGUCACCCAAGCUGCGGCUGGAGAUUAUCGAUGAGGACAGCAAGACCCACAAACUGGACAUCCGGGCACCACUACACCCUGAGAAGGUGUGCCAUUUCCUCUAGCGUCUACCUACCUGCCCAGUGCCCUCGACAUCCAAUAAAGGCCCCACGGCUGUGGCAUGGCAACUGACCUACCUUUCCCUCAUACCUCUCACUCCUCUCCGCCCAGCCUAAGGCCCCUUACCUUCUCACAGUCCCUGCAAGAUCCCUCCUCAGCCCCACAGUCCAAAGCAGGAAUUUUGCACUUUCCUGCCCCCUUUGUUUUGGGGCCAAAACUUGCUAACAAGUGUCCAGGAGGGAAACUGUGCCUGUACCCUCUUCAAGGCAGAGAGCAGAAGGAGGGCCCCCUCUUCUCCCACCCCCCUCAACAUGAUCCCCGUGCCCCAUAGUCUCUGGAACUUCAUCGUGUUCCCUGGAAGCACAGAAGUACGGCAGCUAAGAGCAGAUCUGGCUGGAAGAAGAUGGGCCAGACUGACCUGCAGCUCUCUGCUAGCCCUCAGAGAGUGAAGGCAGAGUAGAGAAGCUCUGCAGUUUAGGCUGGAGCUACUUUCCCAUGCCCUAAAAUUCCAAGGGGAAGGGACCCAGAGAACCCUUCCCCCUUCCACUGCCACAUCAUACUCCUCCUCACCCCACAUUCUGGGGUCAGGCCAGACCAGGCUUCUCCAGCCUUGGGACUAGGCCAGUGUAGAGCACCUCUAGGAGGAAGGCUGGCUGGGUCACCACCCUGGCCUACUCUGGGACUGGACAAUAGCACCAAAUGACCAAGUAAGCUCAGCUCUCUGGGGCCUCCUUCAGGAGACUAAUAACAUAGACCUGGGAAGCUCUAGGGAAAAGACAGAGAUCAUGGCAUCUGCCCCAGCCACUGUCCCAUCUAAGUUCACCUGGAAUGAACAGCCCCCUGUGCACUGUCCGUGGCAGUUGCUAAGCAGAAGGUCCGCACACCAUCCCAUGUUUCAGCCUCAGUUCAGCUGGGCACAGAAAGGCCUGGUGUGUCCUUGGGCAUCAUCUGCAGUAGCCCCCAUUCAUGAUCGCCCCAUCACCCUCACCCUGUGGGGCGUUUUUGGAAUCCUCCUUUGGUGUUAGCUCAUCUCUUUCAAGAAGCAAAAAAUGGGGGCAGGAAUCAAAGUCCCAUGGGGGAUGGAAGAAUGUCAGAACAACAUGGCGGGUAUAAGGCAGUCGUAAGGCAGGACUUGGGCUCUGGCAGUCACCAUCUCCCAGAGGAGCUGUGUCUGGUGUUCCCUACCUCAAUGACUGCUAUUCUUUUUUUUUUCUUUUGUUUUUGUCUUAAAAUAAUUUUAGACUUACAGAAAGUUGCAAAACUAGUAGAGUUCCCUUAUACCCUCACCUAGCUUCUCCUAAUAGUAACAGCUUAUAAAACCAUGGUAUAACUAUUAAAAUCAGGAAAUUAACAUUGGUACAGUUCUUCUAACUAACCUGUGGACAUUCAGAUUUGGCCGCCGUUCUGCCACUGAUGUUCCGUUUCCAGUUCAGGGCCCAAGUCAGGUUCGUGAUCCCGCCUUGCAUUUUGUCGUGUGUUUCCUUCAUCUCCUUCAGCCUGACAGUCCCUCUGUCCUUCUUUGCCUUUCAUGGCUUUGACACUUUUGAAAUGUCCAGGCUGGUCAUUUUGAGGAAUGUCCCUCAGUUUAGGUUAGCCUCCUGUUUUCACAUGAUUAAGUUGAGAGUCUGCAUUUUUGGCAAGAUGACCCCAGAAGCAAUGCUGUGCCCUUCUCAGGGCCUCCUGGCAGGGGGUCAACGGAACUCUGGUCACACAGCUGGGGUGGUAUGUGCCGGGUUUCUCCACUAUGAAAUUAGUAAGAAUCUUGUGAGUAGAGUCUUUGAAGCUGUGCAAAUGUCUUAUUUCCCCUUAGAAUUUUGCCCACUGAUUUUAGCAUCCAUUAAUUGUUCUUGCUUACAGCAAGUAUUAAUGUUUAUUUGCCUAAUGAUGACUUUCUGUUCCCUUAUUCCACCUAUAUUUAUUAAUUGGUAUUCUACUGUAAGGAAGGGCUGUCUCUUUUCCCCCAUCUAUUUAUUCAAUAAUUUAUUUAUAUGAGCAUAAACUAAUGGAUAUUUGUUUUCUUCUAUGGGUUAUAAUCUAAUACUAACACAGUUUUUUUUUUUUUCCUCUCUCAGGCCUAGAUUUGGCCAUUGGGAACCCUUUCCAGUCAGCUCCUGUGUUGUUUCAGCAUUGCCCCUGUUAUUUUUUUAGCACUUCCUUACUUUCUUGCACCACAGGGUGUUCCAAAGUCACUCAUAUUUUUCUUGCCCCAGC